UGUUAGGCUUAUUUAUGGCUAUUUGGACAAGAACAAUGCCCUCUUGUUUGCUAUAAUCUUUUCAAUGGUAGAGUAGGCCCCCACAUUAUAAUUUGAAAAACCAGGACAGAGGCAGAGACUGAUUUUAGUUUUAGUGUGGGAAAAGAGGAGCUGGGUGCUUCAGUGUUGUGCUGCCUUGACUUUGGUUUUUGUGGAAUAGUUGGAGCCAAAAGCCAGACCAGUGUGGAGAAAAUCUGUCUAUAAAGAACAAGAAGGUUCAUAAAGUAAACUAAAAUGGCCCACUUUGAGAGUUUUGCCUCCAUGGAUAAUGAAAGUAUUUUAACCCGGGCUCGUCAGAGAAUGGAGCGAGAGACGCUUCAGGCAAUAAUCCGGCAGUGGAACUCAGAACGACUGGACCUGUUUGAGAUCAGUGAGCCUGAUGAGGACCUGGUUUUCCAUGGAAUCAUGCGCUUUUAUCUUCAGGACCACACUGCAGAGAACUUUGCAACCAAGUGCAUUCGUGUCUCCAGUACCUCUACCACGCAAGAGAUCAUUGAAACGCUGCUUGAGAAAUUUAGGCCUGAUGUCAGCAUUGAACCCCACCCAUACUCCAUGUAUGACGUCUGUGGAGAUGAAGAGGGAAGGCGAUUGGAUCUCAGUGAGAAACCCUUAAUUGUUCAGCUUGGCUGGAAUAAAAACACCACAGAGGGCCGUUUCAUCUUGAAGUAUGACAGUAACGUGACUUUGCAGAGUAAUGGCUCGGAAGGCCAGGAAAAGCUUGGAGUGAUACAGAACUUUAAGAGGACAUUGUCAAAGAAACAGAAGACAAAUAAACAGAAGAAAAAAGAAAGUAUCAACACUACAUCAUCAGAAAUAUAUGACCUGGCUAGUGGUAACAUGAAUCGCAAGAACAAUCAUGAACAAAAGAAAGGAACAAUGGAUGAUGCUUCUAAGCCGGUGAAGAAUCCAGAAGCGAUGGAAUGUUGUGUACUGAGGAAUGAAGAAGUGAAGUCAGAGGAUGGCAGCCACAAGUCAUUGCCCAGCCCUGUUAAACCAGCUGGCAGAACACAGUGCACAGAGCAGCCCAAUAAGAGGGGAAUAUUCAAGUCGGUUACUCCAAAACAGCGUCAGACUUUUGAACCCCAGAAUGGAAGUACUGUGCCAGACAACUCCAGGCUAAAAUGGAAUCUUCCACUAAGUAUAAAGCUAGGAGAAAAAAAAGAAGAAGCCUUCUUGCUUGCUGUAGUAAACUACACCAACAGCUCCACAGUACACUUCAAGCUCUCCCCGGCGUACGCCUUCUAUUUGGCAAGCCGCUUUGUGCUAGGUCAGAGUGAGGAAAAGAACAAAAAUCCCGAAAAGACAGCACAAAGAGUUACUACUAUCAUUAACAAGAUUGUGCAUUUAAUGGAUGAUGUCAUUCAGAAACAGAGGACCAUUACUGUGGCUCUUACCUUCUGGAUGGCAAAUGCAUCUGAGUUCCUGAACUUCAUCAGGCAGGACAGGGAUCUGUCCACCAUCACAGUCCAUUCUCAGACUGCCCUGGCUCAGCUGGUUCAGAAGUCUUUCACCUACCUUUCACAUCGUCUUCUGGCUGACCUCGAGAGUCAUCUGCCCACUUUUGUGACAGAUGCUGGAGAGCAGAACAACCAGACAGCAGGAAUAGAUGGUGUAUUGGCUACUUUCACAAGGGCUAUGAGUUUACUGCGCAGAUUCCGGGUCAACCCUGCUCUCAGCAUACAGCUCUUUUCUCAGCUCUUCCACUUCAUGGGAGCAUGGCUCCUGAACAGACUCACUAUGGCUGCCUCAGGCUCCAAUCUGUGCUCGCACUACUGGGGCAUGACCUUGCGCCAGCGGCUAUAUCACGUGGAGGCCUGGGCAGAGAGACAGGGACUUGAGCUGGCUGCAGACUGCCACCUGAGCCGCAUAAUCCAGGCAACAACGCUAUUGACCAUGAACAGCUAUGCUAUUAAAGAUACGCAGAAAAUUCAUUCCACUUGCUUCAAGCUGAACUCCCUGCAGCUACGGGCAUUAAUGAGUAAAUAUCACUAUGCACCCAAGCAACCUCACAUUCCACAUGGUCUGAUUGAGAGUGUGGUGGCCAUGGCAGAGAGCACAGAAAAUGAGGUGCUGAACAAAGAAGGCAGGGACAUCAGAAUAGAGGAGGACCUACACCUUCAUCUGCCUUUCUUGCUCCCUGAGGAAGGUUACUCAUGUGAGAUACUGCAAGGCAUUCCAAAGGGUUUUCAAGAGUUUCUGGAGCCAAUGUGCCAUAGAGGCCUUUGUAAACUAAUCCCUCACUGCCUCUCUCUUGGGUCUUGGACUGUUUACUUCAAGACAUCAGACAGUGUCCCUAUGAACAGGUCAAUUUGUAAACCUGAGAUUGUGAAAAUCGUACUGAAGAAACCUUUGCGAAGUGGAACGGGCAUAAGCAUCGUAGCAGCAAAGGGAGCUGGACAAGAGAAGCUGGGAAUUUUCAUCAAAUCUGUUGUUCGUGGGGGAGCAGCAGAUGUGGAUGGCCGGUUGGCUCCUGGGGACCAGUUACUUAGUGUGGAUGAUGGUGCUGAUGGUGAACAGGCCAUGCAGACAUCCAGUGGUCUUGAUGUGAAUGACAUUUCAAAACAGAUUGUAUGUGCUGCUUCAACACUGCCAGGCGUGCAGGGAAAUCACCACACAGCCAAGAAAGCAAUCAGGAAGCAAGACCAGAAAUGGCUCAAGCACAGACUGGAGUAUCGCUCAAACCCCAACUUGGCAUAUGUGCUUCAGAAUUCUGAGGAAAUGUCUGUUGAUUCAGUCAUACAUGAGCAGAUCACAUCGGUCUCCACUGACAAUAUCAUUGCUGGUAAACAGGCUCGUUCUCAAGAGAAUCUGUCUUAUAUGGACAGAGGAGGCCCCCUAGUGGACAGACCACUAAAUUUGGACAAAUGGAGUGACCAACAAACAACAGAAUUGGAGAGGAGAAACAUAGGUGGACCGUGGAAUAUUUCAGCGGCACCUCAGUCUAUGCCUGUGUCACAGCCAAAGCGGAUAGAUGUCCCUUUGUCCCAUCCAACCAACACUCUAUCAUUUGGCACUUUCCGCCGCCCCGUGCCGGCAGCAAACAGCAUUAAUCUCAAAUCAACCUGUUUGACUCCUGCUUAUGGCCAAGUCAGAAACUCACAGCAAAUCUCUGCAUUGCAUAGCUACCAUUCACAACAACACAAAGGUCCAACGCUGGCAUCCAAGCAGCUACUUCAAUCUUACAUCUCAACUCAGAAACCUGGUAAGGCCUGUGAAACAAUGCAAGCUAUAGUGUGCGAGUCUUUCCCUCAGAACACAAACAAGAUGAGCCCCUCACAUUCAGGUGACACUUUUGGGCCACAAGAGUAUAAGACGGUCAAGAAGAGCGAUGUGCAGCGUGCUGGAGGUGGCCUUUGUCCAGAUCCAUGGAAGAGGGAGGCCCGGGAGCAGUUGAAGAAACAGCAGAGGCAUCAGGCAGUGAACCUGUUGGAGCAGGAAGUGCUGCAGUUGCAGGCCAAAGUGGAACGCACCCUAGGGGAGAGUGAACGCCUGCGCAGACUCUCCCUUGAAUGGCAGUUUCAAAAGAGGCUACAGGAGUUCCAGCAGAAUGGAGAAGACAAUGAUGAGGAGGAAGAUGAGGACAACAUAGGGGGGACCAUAAUGAAGCAGACUGAGUUGAAAAGCAAUGAGCAGUCCAAGGCAAUGGAGCUGCAUAAUGGACAGAAGCUUUGUGAGAGUCAGGCUCAACUGGCACAAGAACAGACAGACCAUCCUGCUGAAAACAGCAGCUUCAAAGAUGCAGUUCAUGAAAGGUCUUCUGAAACUAACACCCAGCAUGUCAGAGUUUCCUUUGGUCAACUCAAUCAAGAACACAAGAACUUCAAGAAUGUAAGAGAACCAGAGAAUCUGACCUUCAGGGAGCGACAACAGCUGUUUUCCUUGACCAUGAAUGAACCAUACAAAGUCAAAGUAUCAUGAUCAUGUCACUGUAUUUGUCACUGUCACUGACACUGUCAUUUUCUUAUAUGUUGUGAUCAUAGUAUAAUAUUGUAGCCUUAGCAGUUCAACAGCUACUAAAUGUGUCAGGCAGAUUAGAGAUUGUCUUAAAUGUAUAUAAUUCUAGUGUAAAAUGAUCACUGCCU